AACACAAAUUGUAAUAAUCACACGCGCCAUGUAUACACGCGCCACCUCAUCAUCAACUUUUCUCUCGCCGGAUUUUCCCCCACCAGUGCACCCGUUCCCGGACGAACUGGCCCUGACGGAGUUGGAAUCGCUUCUGAACUGUAACAACUCGGAGAUAAUAAGCUUCAACAAGAGUAGUAGCAGCGGUAGUUACAAUAGUGAGCAAGGGUCGGUGAUGCAGAGGAGCGUUAGCAGCCACUCUCUCCAUAAGAAUCCCUUCUCUGCUCUCUUGGCUGAGUUGUUCGACGACGACGCUCCUCUUAGGAGAGUUUGCAGCACCGGUGAUCUCCACGGGACUCAUGGCGGCAUCAUGCAUAACAAUAAUGAAUCAGCUGAUAGUCCAUUGUCAAGUGAAAGCAGCAUGAUCAUUGAAGGAAUGAGUAGAGCAUGUAGGUAUAGCCCUGAGGAGAAGAAACUCAGGAUUGAGAGGUAUAGAACCAAGAGAAACCAAAGAAACUUCAACAAGAAAAUUAAGUAUGUUUGCAGGAAGACUUUAGCAGACAGCAGGCCGCGCAUUAGAGGACGAUUCGCGAGGAACGACGAAAUUGACAAGAAUCCUUCAUCAGUUCAUCAAUGGAAUCAUCACAUUGGUGCUGGAGCAGAGGAAGACGAAGAAGAUCAAAACUGGGUCAGUAUCUUUGAUUCACUAGUUGCUGCAAAUACGGAUCAAGAGUCCCAGGACAGUUCUUCCUUCGGUUUAUUGUAUUAGAAAUUAGAAUAAGUGGUGCUGCUUCAUAAAUUCUAGUUUGAUUUGAUUUCCAUGUUUAUUAGUUUUGUUGUAGCUAGUGAACUUUAGCAUAGAUCAAGGUACUAAUGUAAAUAUACUUACUACUUAUUAUUCCAACCAUGUGCAUGUUGACUUUAAUUGAGGGUGAAAUUUUUUAUUGCCCUAUACCUUUUAUCAUAUUAGCAAAG